CAGCACCGAACUUCAGCACUGGUUCAUGGGCAGAGAGACCAAACUGUGAUCCGAGGAGGACAGAAUAUCAAACGUCUUGAAGAAGUCCCGGAACACUUCAGCACCGUACUAUGAUGAUUAAGCCGUAUGUGAGACAAGGCGAGGGAGAGGAGGUCGUCAGCCCUCUGCAGUGGAUGGAUGAAGACAUGAGCUCACCUGAUGGAGACACAUCAGUCUCAUCACAUCACUACAGAGCAAGUGGAACAAACCCACAGGUCAGGGAGAUGGGGAGUGAGGAUGCGGAGGAAGACGAAGAGGACGAAGAGGAAGGGCAGGAGGAUGAAAACAAAUCCAAACGGCGAGGGCCCAAGAAAAAGCGCAUGACCAAAGCACGGCAGGAGCGUUUCCGUGCCAGGCGUGUAAAGGCUAACGCCAGGGAGCGCUCACGUAUGCAUGGUCUAAAUGAUGCUCUGGAGAACCUGCGCACUAUCAUGCCCUGUCACUCCAAAACCCAGAAACUGUCCAAGAUUGAGACAUUACGGCUGGCUCGCAACUACAUCUGUGCUCUGUCUGAGGCCCUGGAGGGAGGCCUGUCCACAGAGAGCAGGUCCUUCAUGGAGACACUGUGUAAGGGACUCUCUCAGCCCACCACCAACCUGGUGGCCGGCUGCUUGCAGCUGGGACCAACUCCCGGCGCUGGGAUGAGACCUGAGGACAGACACGGUGUUCGGGCACCACCUCCUCCUCUUGGUGGCAUGGUGAGCUAUUCCUCUCCAGGCCUGCCAAGUCCGCCGUAUGGUACGUUUGACUCUGCUCACCUGCUUCACCUGAGGGCGAUGAAAGGAGGAUCGUAUGAGAAUCACUCGCCACAUGAGUAUAACGCUGGCGGUGUGGGGACCCCUCCCUACGACGGUCCUCCCACACCACCCCUGAGCAUCAGCAGUAACUUGGUGCCCAAACAGGAGCCUUCACCCCAUUACCCACCCCCACACCACUACUCCCCUUCCCCUGUGGAGCAGGGCCUGUAUCAGACUCAGAGCGGCUAUGACGUACACUUGGAGGGGCCAUACAACACCUACCAUCCACCACACAUGCCCCCCCGACACAUAACCUCCGUCUACAGAGACUAAAGAGGAUCAGCAGAGUGGAUCCUGCUUCAUCCAGCAGUACACCCUGACUGGUCGAGUCCAGUCUCUGAUCAUUCAUGAACACUGACUGAUGCUGAUGUCUCUCAGACUUUAAGGCCGAGGGAUCGAUCUUUCUCAGUAGACAGACUGCUAGUAGAACGGUAGAAUAAAAAUGGUUUUAAAUGUGUGGAGCACUUGCACAGUAGACUAGCACUGCUGAACAUUGUUAAUAUUAGAAAAUACUUGACUUAAACCAACACACUUUCUUAAAAAAAAAUGUUUACCAAAUAAGACCCCGCAGGUCCUAACAGGAAAUCUUGCUUUGGGCCAUUUUGACCAGAUGUCCUGUUUUUUGUAAAAUAAGCACUUCUUCUUUAGCUUUGGUAACACCAGAUAUUCUACAUAAAUUAAAGUAUUUUUAUUUAUUCUCUAAUUUAAUACAGUAUAUAUGGACUUUAAUCUGAUGUGCAGGUGUCUGGUUUUCCUUUUGUAAAUAUCUGUGGUCAAGACUUCCUCUUUCUUUGUUACUUAGACUGAUAGUUUGUCCCUUAUACUAUUUUUCUUUUGUGUCCAGUUUUCUUUGUUGGGUAUUAUUUCAUGUUUUGCACUGGAAACACAGUCAGAGGUAGAUUUGCCAGCACAAUGUAACUGAUUUUUGGAAGGUGUCUGCAUCUUAAGACAUAAGGUGUCUUAUGGACGGAGAAAAACAAACUGGAAGAAAAUACGUGGGGAGUGAUUGGAUUAGCGAUCAAGGCGAAGAUGCAAAAAAAUAGCAUUCUCAGGUUAACAUUGUGAAAAUGAAUAUCUAACUUCCAACAGAUUUUGCAUUGGAUUUCAUGUUUUUUUUCUUAAGACUCUGUCAUUUUGUUUCUUUUGGAAAAAUUGAUGUUAUUAAAACAUUAAAAAUUCAA